AUGACGUCCGCUCCUGGUCGCAUCAACCCCUCGGCGCAGAACGGCUUCAGCAAUGCCGCCCUGUAUGACAAGCAUCGCCCUUCGUUCCCCGCCCACAGCGUCUCUGUCCUGCUCGACGGCGUACGCGUCGCCGACAGCCCUCAAGCCACAGUGGUGGAUCUUGCGGCGGGCACCGGCAAGUUCACAGAACUUUUGGCCGACAGAGAUGAGGGGUACGAGAUCAUUACCAUUGAGCCGCAUGCCGACAUGCGCAAGGUUUUGGAGGACAAGCACCUCAAAGGCGUCAGCGUCCAAGAUGGGCUGUCCACCGACAUGAAGUCCUUGAAGGAUGAGAGCGUGGACGCCGUUAUAGCUGCCCAGGCAUUCCACUGGUUCGCCAACCUUGAAUCCCUGGAGGAGAUCAAUCGUGUGCUACAGCCUCACGGCGCCUUUGGCGUGAUUUGGAACAUUGAAUCUUCAUACUCUGCAUCCUACCAGCCACAUCCAAUCUUCACAUACCAUCUGAUCGAAACUCUAAACUAUGCUCUAGACAACGCACCAAAAUCCCACGCCGCAACCACUGCCUGGGAGCAAAAACUCCAGGACCUGAUCUUGUCCUUUGACGACAACCAACCCCGUUUCCGCCACGAGCAGUGGCGCAAGGUGUUUGAUUCCCAACUCUCCUCUAACCCUUUAUCCAUAACCUCUUCCGCCGAGCCUCUGUUUUCCCUGCCGCUUGCCGAGAAUGUGGAAGAAUGGAGUGUUUGGUUGAGCGAAGAGGCGCUGUGGGAUAGAUUGAAUACAUUGAGUCAGAUUGCAGUUUUGGAUGGUGAGGAGAAGGAGGAGGUGAGGAAUGUGGUCAAGGAGGCAUUGAAGGGGGAUGAUGUGCAGAGAAAUGAGAAUGGGGAGUUCGAGUUGCAUGGCAUGACUGUUUCGGUGUGGACGACCAAGAUUCCACAGAAGGGUGCUGAGAGUCUGUUUACUACUGUCAAGGAUGCUUUGGCUGGUAGGACUUGA